GGUUAGAGCACGGAACGCUGGGAACUACCAUUUGCUGUGUCGCUGCACCUCCCGGGAAUUGUAGUUUCCCUGGGGCCGCAGUGCAAGCUGGGACUGCAGAGCUUGGUGGGAGAAGAGUACGCCGGGAUCCGUAGUGCCGCGAGACAUGCUGGGAUAUGUGGAAUUUGGUUUACGCGCUGCGGGCGGGGCUUGACUUGAGAUCGCUCCGAGUGUCGCUAGGGCUGGGGCUGGGCGCGCUCCGGGUGCCGGCUGGCCGCGGGCGGGAUGUACCACAGCAGCACGCAGAGGCGGCACUGGACCUUCCGCAGCGAGGAGGAGCUGGCCCGCAGCCGGGCCGACGCCAACCGCAAGUUCCGCUGCAAAGCGGUGGCCUGCGGAAAGGCUCGGCAGAGCGACUCGCUGCUUCUGGAGCCCCGGGAGGAGUUGGCAAUCUGUAAAUAUUAUGAGAGGAAACUGCUGGAUUUCUGCUCCGUGUUCAAACCUGUCAUGCCCAGAUCCGUGGUGGUGAGUUGUGUACAAUUGAUCGGUCUGCCGAAGAGAAAGGGAACAGCUGCUAUGUACUUCAAACGUUUUUACCUCAAUAACUCAGUGAUGGAGUAUCACCCUCGAAUAAUAAUGUUAACGUGUGCAUUCUUGGCAUGCAAAGUAGAUGAAUUUAAUGUGUCCAGUGCACAGUUUGUUGGUAACCUUCGAGAGAACCCUCCAGGUCAGGAGAAGGCUCUUGAACAGAUCUUGGAAUAUGAAUUACUACUUAUUCAGCAGCUGAACUUCCAUCUUAUAGUGCACAACCCUUAUAGACCAUUUGAGGGAUUUUUAAUUGAUUUGAAGACUCGUUAUCCAUUGCUGGAGAAUCCUGAAGUCUUGAGGAAAACAGCUGAUGACUUUCUCACCCGAGUAGCUCUGACAGAUGCCUACCUUCUGUUUACACCUUCACAAAUAGCUCUCACUGCCAUCUUAUCUAGUGCUUCCAGGGCAGGAAUUAAUAUGGAAAGCUAUUUAUCUGAGUGUCUUGCACUGAAAGAAAACAGAACAUCUCUGUCCCAGUUACUAGAUGGAAUGAAAUGCAUGAAAAAUCUCAUAAAGAAGUAUGAACCACCUCGGCCUGAGGAGGUUGCCUCUCUAAAGCAGAAGUUAGAGAAAUGUCACAGCUCACAACUUGCUCUUAAUGCAAAUGUAAAGAAGAGGAAGGGCUAUGAAGAUGAUGAAUGUAUUACAAAGAAAUCUAAAAUGGAUGAGGAAGAAUGGACUGAUGAUGAUCUUGUAGAUUCACUGUAAUUUUAAGAAGAUGGCACCUGGCAGAACUUUGAGAACUACUUGUUAUUCACCUCCUGCAUCAUGUUGGAUUCUCAUUUGUAAAAACUUUCUCUAGCUAACAACCUAUGGCAGGUUCCCAGUUUGUCAUGGGAUACAGAAGAACUGCCUCUAUAUAAAAAUUUGAUUUGUAUUUUAUUUAAAUAUGAUUAGUCACAAACAUGAUUUUCUAUAUAUUUGUUUUGGAAAGAGAGCAUUCUAGAAUCAGACAUGCACUUUCCUGAAGAGAGAUUUUCAUGUCUGACUCUUAAUCUUGCUUGACCUGUUAAUGCAUUAACACUUGAUGGCAAGUGGGUGAUGAAGUAUAUACUAUGUCAUCUCUGAUUGGCAGCAUUACCUGUCAGUUUUUCAGGAUCACUAGAAAAUCAAAAGUGUACCUCAG